AUGGCGAAGCGAGAUGAUUGGGUCUACGAUGAACUACUGUGUUUCUUGGGAAAUCCUUUCUUUCAAGUCCCAGUUUUAACUUUUAUGGAAUCAAAAUGUUUAAUUUUUGAUCCAAGUAUUGAAGACAGUGAGGAAUACAAGAAAGUUCACCAGGAAUACAAAGCUAUUAUUCAGAAGUUGCUGGACGCCUUCAUAAAAGAUACAGGUAUAAGCCAUGACCAGGUCAUUAAAGCUGUCCAAGACAUGAACAGGAGAAAGGAAAUCAAAGAAAUGUUCCAGAGCCUGUUUGAGCAGUUCUUUGCUGCUGAGGACUACACCAUUUUUGUUCGACUGAUGGUUCAGAAAAACAUUGAGUUACAACAGCAGGCUCUAGCCAUGAUCAUGCAGAUGCAGGGGGCUCUCCCUGAAAGCCUGAGUGAGGGGACAUCAAAACCCUCUACAUCCGCACCCCCUGCCCCCUCCAAUGAGCAGUACGGGGCACAGAAUGAGGAAGAAAUCCUGAAAGCUGUUUUAGAACAGUCCAAAAGGGAAUAUGAGGAAGAACAGAAGAAGAAAAAGACAGUGGAAGAAGAGGAGAUGAAGAAGGAGAUGGAGAGUCUGAUAACGAUCUCCAAGGUCGAACAUUCCAGACUGGAGGAGGAGAAAAGUAAAGAGAAAACCAAACUAGACCAGGCUUUGUUUGGGAUGACAUUAAAUGAAUCGGCUCCACAAACCAGUGCAUCUAGUAAACCACCAGCAGGAAACACCAAACCACCACCAAAACCACAAACAGACCUCAAGUCAGCGCCUAGUAUAUCAGUGACUCCUGCUGCUCCCCAAAGUGCCGCACCCCCUCCUAAACCAGCAGAACCUGUCCCUGCGGCUAGUGUCACUGCAGCCAUCGCCUCCCAGAAACUACCAAGUGUCGGUCAACAGAAACCGCAGAUGUCGAGUGCAGAGGCUGCAGCUAACUGGUUAAAACAGACAGAUGACACGCCCACUUCAAACAAACCUUCCACUUCGGCUGUCCAGGCAGCUGCUGCAGCCAUGUCAAACAUGAACUCAGAAGAACUAAAGAAGAGACAAGAAUUUUUGAAGCAACAAAGAGACAAAUUGCUAGAAAUGAAGAAAAAGGAAAGAGAAAAGCAGUUAUUAGCUGCAGAAAAGUCCCAACCAAAACGUCCCGUGUCUGCUCGCAUGGCCAAAUCAGCCAUGGAAGAUGGAGUGUCAGAAAAAUCCAAUAAACUUAGUCCCGAGGAGGAGAAAAAGAUGGCCAUGAGGAAAGCUAUAGCUGAUCGUCUGAAGGCAGAAAUGCUGGGAAAAUAGUGCAUAAUGAUAACAGUGACCGAUAUGGUAUCCACAAAACUUAAAUCUGUAUUACUGUAUACAAGGGAAUUUUUGCCCCCAUUCUGUUUUCAUCCCUUUUACUUUACUCGCAGGUGAGUGAAUUUAAAUGGGGCGAAUUCAAAGAAAACAGUAUGAUUUCUUAAACAUAACUUAUUAAGCACAUUUAAAUUGGGGCAGAAUUAUUUGCAAGUGUGAAUGGAUGAAAAUAACAGGGGGUGAAAGUAACCCUGUAUACAUGUAUUACUGUAAGGUUUUUAUGAAUUUGAAGAAAAAAAUUUACAAUUUUGUGGUCCCAGAUGUGAAAAGAUUUGAAUGAUGAGUACAUAUCUAGCAGUUAAAGGGAGGUAAAUGAAUUUGAAUUUAUUUAUUAUGAGAAUUAUCAUGUUUGAUCAAUAUAAUAUACCUUGAGUAUACAAGUUGUGAUGAAAUGUUUUAGUUUAUGACAUCAUGUGUUCAUGUAUUUCAUUAAGAUUGAAAGUGUCAUUCAAUAUUGUGCAUUAAUAAGGUAUAAAUUGAAAAUUUCAGGUGAUAAAAGCUUAAAUGACCCUUUUUAGAGAAGUAGAAGUGACCUGAUGACACGUUUCAAAUUUUAAAUUCAUUAUUUGUAUUAGUUUUUAUCAUCAAUGUACUUCAGAUGGGUACCUAUGCUCAAACCCUUUAGUUCUGUCAAAUUAUAGUAUUUCUAGGUUGUAUUAUGUAUGUUUUUAUGGCAAUAUAUCUUUCAUCUUUAAGUUGGGGAUUAUUUUUAAAGAAUAUGUGUUUAUAGAUAUACGGCAUAACACUGUAUAUGGGUUUAGAGGUUGUAUGAUUUUUGCAAGUACAUGUACAUGUUUUCCAUUUAUCUGUGACAGUUGCAUUUUAGAAGAAGUUUCUGAAUUCAUUCAGUUAAGAACUAUGAUAGAACACUGUAUUACAUUGCUCCUGUUUGUAUUGGAACUUUAAGGUCUGGUUGUGAAACUCCCUCUACUCCAGUCAGUUUUCUCUUGACCUAUUUCAUUCCAAUUUUCUCUGAUAUUCACUUACCAAUUUUGUAAAAUCAAAAGGGUGCAGUGCAUUAAUUCCUUAGGCCGGGGUGCUUCUGCCUUCUGGAAAAUCUGUUUUUAUUUGGGGAAAGAAAUUUAAUUUUAUAUCAUAACCAUGGUAUUUGGACAAUAUUUUAAGUUGACAUUUUGAAUCUGUAUUGAGUAUUUGUGUACAUACAUCAAUCAAUGCACAAUGCUCCUUAAUGGUUGCAGUUUUACUGAAGUGGAAUUGAUGUUGACUUUUUUUUCCUGCACAUAUCAAAUCAUUAUUUACAAGGAUUUACAUUUACCAUUGCUUCAUUUUUGUUCAUUUACAUUUGAACUAAUGUAAAAUUUUGAGCUUGAAGCAGAAAAGUAAGCCAAAAAAAAAGCAAUUUUACUAAUAUGAAUUUGCUUCUUCAACAAUACAAACUCUGAAUUUUUUUCUGACAUUUUUAAAAUUUUUGUUUUCCUGUGAUUUGUGUAAUAUGGUGCUUUUUUUUGCCAUUAUGUUAUCAUGUCAUACAUAGAGCAUUGGAGGUUGUAUUCUUUGUUUAUAGUGGCACAUUGAAGAAUGAGUGGUUCACAUUUCUUGAUUUGUUGAUUACUUUCAGACUUCAGUUUACCUGACAGACAACUAGAAAACAAAUAUUUGUCAUGUGACAUUUGGUGUGUGAAUUAUGUAAACGACACUUUAAUAUUUUUCUGAAUGUGUAAAUAUUUAAAUUUUAUGUGAGAAUCAUUAUAUCAUAAUUAAAAUUGCUACUGUCCAAAUGAUGAGUAGUGUAACAGAUAAAUUCUUCAGCUUAAAAUUUUCUCAUUUUUAUCUUUAUUAUAUACAUGUAUGUUUAUUUCGCAAUCCAGUUGCUCUGCUCAAAUUAGAAUGAUGCAAUGUAAUCCAGAAUGCUAUAAACAUUAGAAAAAUGCUAAAUUAAAGUUAAACAUUCAGUAAUCUAGUGCAUUAUACAAUCUGUUAAGGUUCAUAAACCCU